AUGCGGCCAGCUGCGCGCGGGGAAGAGUGCGCGCAGCCGUCGCCCAGUCCUGAGUCAGGCCCUGUCGGCUCCUCGGGCCCCAGGGGCGCCGGGGACGGGGUGCACUGGGGCAGGGCCGGGGCACUCUUUGCAGCCGGUCACCCCUCCCCCUUCCCCGCGGGCUUUUGCACACGACGCGCCGCGGGCCGCUUCACACGGGGUGGCCGGGGCCGGAUAAAGCGGGCGGGCGCGGGGCGCAGCGGCGGGCGCGGACGGGCUGGAGCGGCCGGAGCUGCAGCCGGACGGCCCCAGGGCGGCCCGGGCGGGAGCUGUCGCGCCAAGCAGCGGGCGGCCGAGAGGCGCGGGCGCCGGGGCCCCGGGAGCGGCGCGCGGGGCCCUCCCGGCAGGUGGGUGCGCGCUGCGCAGCGUCCCGCGCGGAACUUCCAGGGCGCCCUGGGCCCCGAGGCCGCGCGCGGCUUCCCGAGCCCAGCGCAGGGCGCGCGGGGCCGCAUGGAGCCCACGGAGAGGCAGCAUCUGAUGGACGCCAGGCCCGGAGCCCGGUCUUACACUGGAUCUCUGUGGCAGGAGGGGGCCGGCUGGAUCCCUCUGCCCGCACCUGGCCUGGACUUGCAGGCUAUUGAGCUAGCCGCUGAGAGCAACCAUUACUGUCAUGCCCAGAAGGGUCCUGGCAGUCACUUUGACUCCAAGAAGGAGCAGGCCCGGCGACAGCUUUAUGUGGCCUCUGCCAUCUGCCUGGUGUUCAUGAUUGGGGAAGUCAUUGGUGGGUAUCUAGCACAUAGCUUGGCAGUCAUGACCGACGCAGCCCACUUGCUCACUGACUUUGCCAGCAUGCUCGUCAGCCUCUUUUCUCUCUGGAUGUCCUCCCGACCGGCCACCAAGACCAUGAACUUCGGCUGGCAGCGAGCUGAGAUCCUGGGAGCCCUGCUGUCUGUACUAUCCAUCUGGGUCGUGACUGGAGUGCUGGUGUUCCUGGCAGUGGAGCGACUGAUCUCUGGGGACUAUGAGGUCGAGGGGGGCACCAUGCUGAUCACAUCAGGUUGUGCUGUGGCUGUGAAUAUCAUAAUGGGGCUGACUCUUCACCAGUCUGGCCACGGGCACAGCCACGACACCAGCCAGCCACAGGAGAACCCCAGUGUCCGAGCUGCCUUUAUCCAUGUGGUUGGAGAUUUUCUGCAGAGCUUAGGCAUCUUGGUGGCAGCCUAUAUUUUAUACUUCAAGCCAGAGUACAAGUAUGUAGACCCCAUCUGCACCUUCCUCUUCUCCAUCCUGGUCUUGGGGACGACCUUGACCAUCCUGAGAGAUGUGAUCCUGGUGCUGAUGGAAGGGACCCCCAAGGGUGUGGACUUCACAGCUGUACGGGAUCUGCUGCUGUCCGUGGAAGGGGUGGAAGCCUUGCACAGCCUGCACAUUUGGGCACUGACCGUGUCCCAGCCCGUGCUGUCUGUCCACAUCGCCAUCGCUCAGAAUGCAGACGCCCAGGUCGUGCUGAAGGCAGCCAGCACCUGCCUGCAGGGAAAGUUCCACUUCCACACCAUGACCAUCCAGAUUGAAGACUACUCUGAGGACAUGAAGGACUGUCAGGCGUGCCAAGGCCCCUCGGACUGACUGCCUGGCCAGGUGCCAACGGAGCCGUGGCCAGGACCUGCAGGUGGUGGGGCGGAGCGUCCCCCAGGCCCAGCCAGAACGCUGCCUAUCCUGGCUGUGUUAUAAAGCAGGUCCCUCUCCUGACCUCUGCUCUGUGUUCAGUGUGAAGGAACUGUUUCCUGCCUCCCCCAUCUGACUACAGCGAGUUUAAGGAUGAAGACGGCAAGUGUAA